CACGUUGUGGACUUGAACUACGAUUCCUCCGCGGCUUUUGAGUUAGACGCCGGAGGUCUCUGUCGCCCUGCUAUGUAUACUCAUUGGUUGGCCGAAUUACGUGCAUCUCCCGGAAGAUCGGUGGUACGUUUUCCGCGAACGUGCGCUAAACCAGCGAUAAGGCGCUAUGAUCCACAAACCACCGCUCUUUCUAUUCUCGGCUCGCUGUCGUAGCAAGGCCGAGCAAACCGGUAGAGUGCAGUUAGCCUGUACACGGGAAACGUGUAUAACAUCGCGUCGGGCUCGGAGAUGAAGGACUGGAACCCCCAUACUUGCUGACACGCCCAUUCUGCGAGAUGGGCGCUCCUUCUCCAGCGCAGCAUCAGGAGCAGGUCGUUCCGGUGUCUCCUCUCAUACAGCGGUGCGAGAAGAGCAACAAGCUCCGCAUUGCCAUCGUCGCCGAGAACUUUCUACCGAAGGUCGACGGCGUGACGCGGACCAUCGCCCGCCUACUGGAGUACAUCCAGCGGGAAGGGCAUGAAGCGAUCUUAUUCGUACCGAAGACCCAGAUGCCCGCUUAUGCGGGUCAGCCCAUAGCUGAUACCUUCGGCGUCCCCCUGCUCUUCUACCCCGAGCUCCAGCUAGGCUUCGUCAGACCAUACUUUUUCUCUCGACUGAAGGAAUUUAGACCGGACGUGAUUCACUUUGUGGACCCGAACUUCCUCGGGGCGCAGUUUCUCCUGGCCGCUGAACUGGGCUUCGGCGGCGUUGGCCCUUGGACUGAGUCCGGGGUUGGAUUCGUCACAAGCUGUCAUCAAAGCGGAGAAGACCUAGCACGUCAUUACGCGUCUGCAGACGUCUUCUGCUUCCCCUCCUUCACCGAGACCUUCGGUCAAGUCGUCUCAGAAGCCCUGACAUCCGGCCUACCCGUUGUCGGCCUAGAGGUUGAAGGCACCCGCGACCUCGUCACGCACGGCGUUACCGGCCUCCUCCUCCCGCAAUCCUCCGCUUCUUGGGGCCCGCUGUUCGCUCACCCGUGGUCGCCUCAGUUCGCGGACGCGGCAAGGCGGUACGCCGAGCUGCUCAUGCUUCUGAUCUGCGACCCGCAGUGGAGACGGACCAUGGGCGCAAAUGCGGCGCGAGAGGCGGCGGGGAGGGGGACGUGGGGGGACGCGAUGGAGCAGCUGUUUUUAGGAUAUCGGCGCGCGAUAGAGGAGGCAAAGUCUAGGAAGGGAGCGGAGCCGGCGUGUGGGCACUGGAUGAAUAGCACGAGGCGGGUCUGUGUGCGCAGCGUGUCGACGACACUCAUAUUCCUGCUCACUGCUGUGGCCAUUGCGCUGUGUUGGAUGCGCAAUCUGGCUUGGAUUGUCAUACUCGACGCUAUAGCACGGUGUAGACCAGGGAACAGACAGUGA